AUGGCAAUGGCGCCCCAGUCGCGGGGGAAAGCAGCAGCAGCAGCUGAAGCGCCGCCGCCAAAGGAGGGCAGCGCCUCGCUCAAGGGCUUCGUCGGCGGCGUCGCGAGCGGGCUGACAAAGCUGGCGGUGGGCCACCCGUUUGACACGAUCAAGGUCCGGCUGCAGUGCUCGCCCGUGGGCACCUACAAGGGCCCCAUGGACUGCAUCAUGCAGAUGGCCCGGCGCGAGUCGCUCCUCGGCCUCUACAAGGGCGCAUCGCCUCCCGCCGUCGGCUGGGCCGUGGCCGACAGCGUGCUGAUGGGCAGCCUGCACACCUACCGGCUCGGCCUCUCGCGCCUGACGGGCGUCGGCGAGGGCACGGGCAAGCGCCUCCCGAGCUCGCUCCACGCCGUCGCGGGACUCGGCGCGGGCCUCACCAACAGCCUCGUCAUGGUGCCCAUCGAGCUCAUCAAGGCCAGGCUGCAGAUGCAGCAGCAGCGCGUCGGCCUGCACCUGCCCAGGCUCUCCUCGGCGUCGGUGUCGGGAGCAGGAGCAGGAGCAGCGGCAGCGGCAGCGGCUCAGCAGGGUGCAAAGGUGCACUUUACGGGGCCCAUUGACUGCGCCAUGCAGACGAUUCGCCACGGCGGCAUUACGGCCCUCUGGCAUGCACUGCCGGCCACGCUGCUCUUUCGCGCAAACUUCGCAUUCAUGUUUGGCAGCUACGAUGUCCUGCAGCGCUCAUUCGAGAAGCUCAAGGGGACCCGCUACGAGAUCUCGCCCGCCCUCUCGACGUUCCUAGCCGGUGGGCUGGGCGCAGAAGUCUUUUGGCUAUUCGCUUUUCCCUUUGACACGGUCAAGAACCGCAUGAUGGCCGACAACCUCUAUGCGCCGCGCUACCCGACGAUGAAGGACGCCUUUCGGAGCGUCUGGAUCCAAAAGGGGCCCCAGGCCUCGGUGGUCGCAAGAAUCGGCUCCUUUUAUACCGGCUUCCUCGUCUGCCUCAUCAGAGCCUUUCCCACCAAUGCGGCUGCCAUCUUUGCCUUUGAGACGGCAAUGCACUUUAUGGGCGCAGAGAAGACGGCAACGCAAUAG